AUGGGGAAGAUGGGCAACACCUGGAUGGGGGUGGAGACAAGCACAAAGACAGGUGAAACAGAUUAGGGUGUGACAUCUGCAGAGUAUUGUCUAAGUUGUUCUGUUAGGCAGAGUACUGUCCACAAGUUGUUCUGUUCUGCAGAGUACUGUCCACAUGUUAUUCUGUUCUGCAGAGUAUUGUCUACGUUGUUCUGUUCUGCAGAGUACUGUCCAUGUGUUGUUCUGUUCUGCAGAGUACUGUCCAUGUGUUGUUCUGUUCUGCAGAGUACUGUCCAUGUGUUGUUCUGUUCUGCAGAGUACUGUCCAUGUGUUGUUCUGUUCUGCAGAAUAUUGUCUUUGUUGUUCUGUUCUGCAGAGUACUGUCCAUGUGUUGUUCUGUUCUGCAGAGUACUGUCCAUGUGUUGUUCUGUUCUGCAGAGUACUGUCCAUGUGUUGUUCUGUUCUGCAGAGUACUGUCCAUGUGUUGUUCUGUUCUGCAGAGUACUGUCCAUGUGUUGUUCUGUUCUGCAGAGUACUGUCCAUGUGUUGUUCUGUUCUGCAGAGUACUGUCCAUGUGUUGUUCUGUUGUUGGCUUGUAUGGGGUUAAAUUGGAUUUAAAGGUGUUUUGUGUUCACGUGUAGUGAGACUUUAGUUUGUUCAGGAGUCCGAGCAGAGAACUGUUAUGAUGAGGAGAGGGAGAGUAUGUGAUGGAGGAACAGAGAGAUAAAAAGCCAAAAGAGUUGUUUUCCUUUUUUUCUCUUUGUUCAGAGAAAGGGGAAGGUCCAAUAUGACCAUUACCCAAUGUGUGAGAAAAAGAGAGAGAGGCAGGGAGGGAGGGGGACAAGGUGACCUACAGAAUGUACUAAAUCAUUACAGAGAUAGAGGCACAGAUAGGGGUGAAACGAAGAAAGAGAGGACACAGGGAAUUUAUGCGAAAAGUCUUAUCAGCAGCAUUGUGUGGUAACUAAAGGCUCUCACUCACAUACUUCUAAAGAAACUGAUGCAAAAUACACUUAUCGCUGUAGCUGUCUCUCAUAUAGACACAUGCACACAACCCAGUUCUCAGGAUGCCUAAGAUAUGGGCUUUUAUUACGGAUUUCUUCACCUACGAGACGACCAAGUCGGUGGUGGUGAAGAGCAGGUCUGUUGGAAUCAUCAACCGCGUCGUACAACUACUCAUCAUCAUCUACUUCCUAUGUUGGGUCUUUUAUCACGAAAAGGCGUACCAGGUGAGAGACUCGGGCAUCGAGUCUUCGGUCAUGACCAAGGUGAAGGGCUUCGGUUACCAUAACAACCGUGUGAUGGAUGUGGCGGACUAUGUCGCCCCUACACAGGGUGCCGCAGUGUUCUGCAUCAUCACCAAGCUCAUCAUCACAGAGAACCAGUUCCAAGGAUUCUGCCCGGAGAGUGAAAGCAAGUACAAGUGUGACACGGAUGAAGAGUGCGACAAGUAUUUGGGGAGCUCCACUGGAAACGGAAUAAUAACUGGUGCCUGUGUGAACUCCUCUAAAGGACGACGCUGUGAGAUGGAGGGUUGGUGCCUUGCAGAGGACGACAAAGUCCACAUGCAACCAAUGAUGGAAGUGGAAAACUUCACCAUCUUCAUCAAGAACAGUAUCCGCUUCCCUAUGUUCAAUGUUACCAGAGGGAACUUCCCAUCAUCCCUGAAUGCGACUUAUAUCAGGAGCUGUACGUAUGACCCGGAGCACAACCUCCACUGUCCCAUCUUCAAGGUGGGAGAAGUGCUGCGCUACACAGGACAGAACUUCUCCACCAUCGCUCAGACAGGUGGAGAGAUUGCGAUCAACAUUGAAUGGCAGUGUAAUCUGGAUGAGUCAGAAGAGAGAUGUGAACCACACUACUCCUUUACGCGGCUUGAUGCUGUGUUUCAGAAGAAUGGCAUCGCUAAGGGAUACAACUUCAGAUUUGCUAAAUAUUACAAAAAUGAGAAUGGGACGGAGUUCCGCACUCUUCACAAGGCCUACGCCAUCCGCUUUGACAUCCUGGUCACUGGCCUCGCAGGGAAGUUCAACACAGUUCCUACUCUGAUCAACGUAGUGGCAGCCUUUACCUCCGUGGGAUUGGGUACGGUCCUCUGUGACAUCAUUCUUCUGAACUUCCUGAAGGGGGCAGACCAAUACAAAGCCAAGAAAUUUGAGGAGGUCUCUGAGUCACAGAUACAGAUAUUACUCUCUCGAGAAGGUUGCAGCCAGCUGUCAAUCCAACCAGAGGAGAAGAUUUCAGACGACUCGGGAACUGUCUCCCUCUGCCUGGACCAGCAGCUUUGAGUGGUUUGAGGCAGGGUUUGUUAGAAGUUAAUAGGGAUUUAUUUGUAUUUCUUUUCCCCCCCCCUUAGUAGUACAGAAUUAGGCAAACCAUGAUUGAUGGCACACUCCAGCACAGUAGGUGGCGGCGUGCACCUUAACAUUUUGUUUGAGGACUGCCAUUAUACCGAAGAAGAAGGAGGAGAAGAAGAAGAAGAAGAAAAAUAAGCUUUGAGUGACAGUCCACAUCAACCCAACGGCAGAGUGGAAGUUCCUGCCACACUUCCUUAGUUCAUCAGCAGCUGUUGAUAUGUUCCAUGUUCAUGUGGGUGAAGCAGUGGUGAUUUUAGCAUGUAAAUCUUGGUGGGGCCAACUCCCCAAAUUGUUUUUAGAUGCAUGCCAGCAAAGACACUACACAACACAACACUAAACAAUAAAUGAAUUACACUAUAACGGCGACAAGCGGUGCCCACAAACUGUUAGGGCCUACAUAAAGCUGUCCCAACAGAAGAGCUUUCUUUCCAGCACAAUGGAGUGAAUCCUAACCACCGCUACACCUGCCUCUCAGCGGAGCCUUGCCAGACAACGAAACAAUUAAUUCAGCCUUGUUUACUGCCUUUUUAAAAAACAUAGCUGAUAAAACAAAUGUGGUUUCUACUGACAAUUAAGACGUCCAAACUAUGGCAUACGGGAACGACGAGCAGAUAAUAGGCAUUCCGUCAUUUCGAUUAAGACAUUAAUGAGCAAGCGGCGAUGGAUGUAAUCAAUAUAACUAUGUGUUCAGCACUUUUGAAAUGUACAGCGGCAGAAUGCAGAAGAUGGGCUGCUCUUACAGUAUUUUCCCUGUACACCAAGUCAGAACUGUAGGAUAAAUGAAGGGGGCAUAUAAGCAGACAAUAAAACCUCUUACAAUAUUAGAUGAUGACAUUUCUCAAAAACAGGUUAUAGGCUACAUGUGCAGCACCACCGAAACAGAACAGUAGCGUUAGGCGAAAUUAGAGGUGAAAAUAGACCAAAUUAUUAGGGUGAUGAACAUGGGCAACUAACAGCUUACGACACAACAUACACUUAGUAUUACUUCCUUAGCUAUAGUAUACAUAGCUCCCUUGCAUAUUACAUCAUUUAUGCAGCAGCAUACAAGGAACUUUGGACUCACCUUGGCUUGUGAUGUGCUCACUUAAACAUGAAGGUGGCAUGGCGUUUUUGUCAUCAAACUUUGUCAACAAAGUCUGGCAUUCUUUGGAUUUAUGGUGGGAAAUCACAGCCACUCCAUUGAAUAGCUGGCUACUGGUUGCAUUGCAAUCCUUGCAGUUAGCCACUGAUUCCUUCCAAAUAACUCAUUGCUGAAUUUGCGAUUUCCAACUUGUUGUGUAAUCUUUAUGUCCAAUGGCCGAUGAGCACCGAUACAUUUUAUCUAUAAUUUCUCUUCAUUAUUUCUCUUCAUAUGACAAGGAUUAAAAAUGAUUUUGCCAGUA